GUUCCACCUUUGAUUGCUGGUGAGCUGGAAGAAACCUACGAGGUCAACCUGGGUGAUCCCAUCUUGCUGCCUUGUGAAGUGUCGGGAAUCCCUAGACCUAAAGUCAGCUGGAAACAAAACUUUAUGCCUCUGACCCCUGACCCACAAAGAAUUCAAGUUCAGAACGGCGGGCUAUACAUAGCCAGGGCACAAAUAUUGGACAAGGCAAUUUAUGAGUGUCUGGCAAGCAACGUGGCUGGAGAUGUUUAUAAGAUUAUAACCCUUGUUGUUUACAGUAAGUUUCAAUAUUCAACAAUUCAUUUUCUUGUAUGGUCUUCUUUAUGAAGUUAUUUUUAUUGUAUAAUUAAUAAGAGAAAUAGAAUACAAUUUAAAAAAAAAAAAGUAUUCAAACUAUAAAAGAAACAAAAUCACUUUUCACAUAUUUACAAUGUUACCAUUGUAAAAAGUUUGCAUUUUAAAUUAAUAUUUUGAGGUAAAGUGGAUUUUAAAAUCAACAGUUCUUAUUCAUAUAAAUUUUUUUUAAACAGGGAAUUUAAUUAAAAAAUUUUUUUUUGGUCAGUACCCCCUUCGAUAGAACAAGGCCCAACUGCCGUGACGGUGCUCUAUGGGCAGCCGGCUCUACUGGAAUGUGAAUCUGUUGGUGACCCACCCCCCACCGUCCUGUGGAGGAAGAAUAAUGUCAUCUUAGACGCCGACGACACGGACAGAGGUUACCAAAUAUCCCCACGGGGAUCCCUCACUAUUAAAUCAGCGGUGUUGACUGACGGUGGCGUCUACUCAUGCUCAGCCACCAACCCUGCCGGUGUUGCUAGCAGAGAGGUUGCGCUGACGGUUCAUGGUGGGUGGAAGAUUUUUGUAGUCUCAACACUCGUUUUCUGUCAGUUUUUUAAACUAAACUAAACCUUUUUAGUUUACAUGUUCCCAUGUAAUGGAUAUCCUCGAUUUAAGACUUGAAAUGGAAAUGUAAGUAAUGAAGUUAUAUCGACGACAUCUAAUUUAUUUCUUAAUUUUAAACUCUUGUCCUCUAUUUGAUUUUAAACUAAGAUAAAUUAUUUAGUUUAUAAAUUACUAUUAAUUAAAUUUCCCCUGAUUUAGGACUUUAGAUAGCUAAAUAUGAACUUUAAGUAAUAAAGAAUCUUUUAAAUUAUGAAUGUGUAUAUAUAUAUACAUACAUAGAUUCAUAUAAUUCAUAUAAUAUAUAAAUAUAUAUAUAUAUAUAUAUAUAUACAGCGUUAUGUGUUAUCAUGUUUGAAUUGUUGCAUCAAAUUCCAUUAAAUUACUGAGUAUUUGUUCGUUUGAAAAGGCUAGACUGCUGUAAAACUGAACAUUUUGACUGUUAUGGCAAGUUUUUAGAUUUUUUUUUAUUAAGCUGUAAUAGAAACAUAUGGCAUUGGCAAUGUACUUGUCAGCUUGUUACAGCAUGCAGAUUCUCUUUACUUUCCUGCAGGUGCUCCUGAAAUCCCAGGGGUGUAUCCAGAAAAGAAUGUAGUUGUAGAGAGAAAUCCGGUCAUCCUACCUUGCCCCGCGGUCGGUACGCCUAAACCUAAGAUAACAUGGUACAAAGACAAUGUCCCCAUUGAAGAAGACCCCGGUGUUGUUCAGCUUGAAGAUGGUUCUCUAAAAAUUGAUGAUGCUAGAGCAAAAGAUUCUGGACAUUAUGAAUGUGUGGCAGAGAAUGUGGCUGGAGUGGCCACCAGGAACUUUGAUUUAAAGAUUUUAGGUUAGGAGAUUAUUUAUGGGCAAAUCGAGCACACUCUCAGGUCAUUUAGAAUAAUUUAAAAAAAAUAAGAUGUAAAAGUGAAUGUUGAUCACAUCCUUGAAUACCACAGGGAAAUGUUAGAGGAAACAUUUAUAUGUUAAUCCUUAAUUUAUUGGCUUGUUUCCCACAGUGCCACCGAAGCUCACUGUCCCCAAUGGAGCAGCAGGUCCCGAAAAGUCCAAAGUUGUCAUCGAUAGAAACGUGACACUGCUGUGUCCCAUCUCUGAGGAGACGGACCCACCGCCAGUCAUCACGUGGUACAAAGAUAACACGGAAAUCAAGGGGGACAACCGCAUCACCAUUACAAAUCAGGGGAGAUCUCUGACGAUAACUAAAUCGGCGGUUGAAGAUGAAGCUCGCUACCGUUGUGUUGCGAGCAAUGAAGCUGGUGAAGUUGAGAAAUAUUUUACGUUAGAUGUACAAGGUAAAAAAAUGCCUAAUUCAGUUAUUAGAAUGUGUGGCAUAUUUUUUUUAAAAAAAUGUAUGAUAAUUCAAAAACAGGCUAAAUAUGAAAAAUUAUGUAAAAGUUUUUCAAUAGUCAUUGGUCUAAUAGAAAAUAUUAAAAUAUAGGCUACCACCUACAACUUUUUAAAAUAUUAUCUGAUAUAUUUGCCAUAGGAAUUACUUCAAAAAUAUUAUUGACACAUUAUAAUAUCAAUGAGAUUUUGUUAAUGUAUAAACAACAAAUACUACUACUAGCAAGGAGCUCUCACCAUUCCACAUAAGAAACAUUCUCAAUUACUAUUUACAGUCCCGCCGAAUAUUGAUGAGGCUGGUUUAUCUCCAUAUAAUCAAAGUGUUGUCACUGGCCAAUCCUUAUACAUCAACUGUCCAAUACAAGGCAAACCCCCACCACAGGUCAGUAGAACUGUACAUGGCAAUGUUGUAAUACAGUGUCACCUAGUGCGUACAUCACAGAUGAACAAAGGAGGAUAUACAUUUUUUUUUUCCUGUCUCCAAAUUCAAGUGUCAAACAAAUAAAUUAAUGCAAGAUUUAUUUGCUUAAUUGUUGGUUAAAAUCUGUGAAAAAUAAACCAAAGUCAUGGUUAAAAAUAAAUCAAAGUCAUUCAAUUAUAAAGCAGCACAAAAAAAGAUGCUUAAAGGUUCAGAACUGUUAUUAAAAACCUUCAAGUUUAGGCUUAAGUAGUUUUUAUAAGAGUACAGCGUAGAUAUUAGCCUAUCAACAGAAAAUAAAGGCAUAAGUCUUGAAAUUUUUUAACACUAUUAAUUAAUCGUUGGUAAAUUUAUCAAAUCUAAGGUCAGAUGGUUAAAAGAUGGAGAACCCAUGGCAGCCGGAUUUGAUGCAAAUGUUAGAGUUUUAGCAGAAGGACGUCGACUUGAGCUCCUCAGUGCCAAGGUGACAGAUAGAGGGCGCUAUGUUUGUAUCGGUGAAAACAUUGCAGGACAGACCACAAGGGAUUUCUUCGUAAAUGUUUUUGGUAAGUCUAUCCUUUAAAAUUAAUCACAGCUUUUCAUUUAUUUUUUUGUUAUUCAUUCAGUAGCAGAAAAUCUAAAGGUACUGCCUUACCAAAUGUUUGUUGCAGCCACAAAUCUCAGUGGUGAAUCCGUGUUGAGAAUCCAUGCCAAAGACAUUCAUCGCGGGUGUGCUCACUGAGCAGGCACAACUAUGGCAUCAAUUUAUCAAUUUUAACUUAUGUGCUAGCGCAAUGUUCAGCCGCUUCAUAUGACUCUUUCAAUAAACAAAUUCACCUUAUUCUUUUAAAUAUAUUAUAUUUUAAUAUGUUAUAUAUAUAAAUAACCACCCCCGCAAGGGAAAAUUAAAACUUAAAAAAUACAACUUUUUAUUGUUUAAUUAAUUCCAUUUAUAUAAAACAAGGCAUUGUUCCUCUAAAAUCUUUUCUCCUCUUGCCCACUCCACUAAAAUCAAAAUUGAAUUUAUUUAACUAAUUUUAUUCUUUCAACUACAACAUUUGACUAAUAUCAAAUACAGCUAAUAAUUAAAAUGUGUAAAUAAGGCAGCUGAUAUUAAAUUCAUUGUGUUUUUUGUGUGUGUCUGGCCACUCCCUUUUCUACUGGUUGCUAUGCUAUUAACCUGUCACCUGAGGACAAUGCAUGCACAUUGAUGAAAAUAUCACAGGUUUUUUUUUUGUAUAUUCCCAGCCAAUAACAUGCUGCAACACUAAAAAACCCCAGUGAAAAUGAAACUUGUUGGCCCUGCUUUUGUUGCAGGGAGUAGCACAGUAGCAUGUGAUCAUAGAAAGUUGAGAAUCCAAGUAGAAAAAUCUCCAAAUAGAAUGUUGAGAAUCAAAGUAGAAAAUCUCCAAUAUGAACAUACUUUUAGAGAACAUGAACGCACCUUUAGAGAACAUGAGAACAUGAACACACCUUUAGAGAGCAUGUAUAUAUGAACAAUGAGAACAAACACUAAAAAAAAAAUUAAAUUAAAUCUGUUUCUUAAAAGCAAGUAUUUGAAUAAAUGACCACUUGAGCUGGCAGCAUCAUCAAACUAAGAAUCCAUUAAAAAAAAACAACACAACUUUUAUGUCGACUACAUGUUUACAGUGCCUCCAUCUGUUGAGCAGCCAGAAAUUCCAGAGAAAUCUGAAGUCAUAGAGGGAAACACUCUGCAGCUCACCUGCCCGGCCUCAGGUAUACCCUUGCCGACAAUUUCUUGGUUCAGAGAGGAAGUCCACCUCAAAGUCAAUACAUCAAAGGUUUGUUUUUAAGUAGACUUUGAGAUGUAAAAAAAAAAAUCUCCUUAAAACAUCAUUAAUACCUUAAAAUCAUAGCAUCUACCCCUGAAAGGGACUUAAAGAAGUGUGGAAGUCAGAAAGGCAUGGGUGGGUGGUAGGUGGGUCUGCACAAAUUUAGACUGUCUCUAGGUGGGUCUGCACACAUUUAGACUGUCUCUAGGUGGGUCUGCACACAUUUAGACUGUCUCUAGGUGGGUCUGCACAAAUUUAGACUGUCUCUAGGUGGGUCUGCACAAAUUUAGACUGUCUCUAGGUGGGUCUGCACAAAUUUAGACUGUCUCUAGGUGGGUCUGCACAAAUUUAGACUGUCUCAGCAGGAUGGGGAGUGAUUUUGACAAUUUAAAUAAAAAAAAAAAAAAAAAAAAAAAAAAAAAAAAGAGGAAGGAAAAAAAAACAGCUGAUAAUGAUGUGUUAUGGGUGUUUUUGUAUCACAUCCUGUAAAGCUGGUGAAUAGCAAAUGAAUCUGUUUAUGUUAUUUUCUCAUGUCUCCUUUUUAACAUACAAGUACCAUUAAAUUUUACAAUGUUAUUGAUUAUUGUAAGGACUGGUUUGUUUCACUUCUUUGCCUGUGGUCAGAUCACUCUGCUUGACAACGGCUGGACUCUGGAGAUACAAGACACCAAUGUCUCAGAUGCCACGAGAUAUUACUGCCGUGCUGAAAAUGUGGCAGGGCAGACGGAAAAAGUCUUCGAUAUUGAUGUUUUGUGUGAGUAUUCAUUUCUAUUGCAUUAAAAAUAUAAUUUCAAUACAAAAACUGCACCAUAAAUUUUUGUUUUUCUGAAGUAUACGUUAAAAUUUUCUUUUUAAUGGGCUUCGUAACUGAGAUAUUAAAAAAUGUUUGCUACCAUUUUAUGAUUCUAAAACUCUGUAGUAAAAAUAAUCUGUAGACUGUAGUAAAAUGAGUGAUUAAAACGCAUCUAGGCCUUUGAGUGAUCUGGAAAAUGCUAGUGGUUGAGGUAAUUUAACCUGACUAAAUGUAAUAUUCUUUUGCUUCCCAGUACGCCCGGUCAUCAACAGAGAAAACAUUGACACAAAACCUGAAGUCAUUGCCAACAACACGGCUGUCAUUAACUGUCAGGUGACUGGCAAUCCACAGCCAGAGCUGAUAUGGUGAGUUUUGGUUCUUCAAACUUUUAGCAACAACUCGUCAAACUUAAUUUGUUUCUUUUCAUCAGAAACACUCUGAUUAUGGACUAUAAAGUUAUAAGGGGGGUAAGGGAAGUUAAAGGGGUCUGUAAGUUAUAAUAGCCUGUAAGUUAUAGUGGUGUAUGAAGUUAUAGUUGUCUGUGAAGUUAUAGUGGUCUGUAAGUUAUAAUGGUCUGUAAGUUAUAAUGGCCUGUAAGUUAUAAUGGCCUGUAAGUUAUAAUGGCCUGUAAGUUAUAGUGGUGUGUGAAGUUAUAGUUGUCUGUGAAGUUAUAGUGGUCUGUAAGUUAUAAUGGCCUAUAAGUUAUAAUGGCCUGUAAGUUAUAGUGGUGUGUGAAGUUAUAGUUGUCUGUAAGUUAUAGUAGUUUUAAAGUUAUAGUGGUCUGUAAGUUAUAUUGGUCUCUAAGUUAUAGUGGUCUCUAAGUUAUAGUGGUCUCUAAGUUAUAGUGGUCUCUAAGUUAUAGUGGUCUCUAAGUUAUAGUGGUCUCUAAGUUAUAGUGGUCUCUAAGUUAUAGUGGUCUCUAAGUUAUAGUGGAUUGUGAAAUUAUAGUGGUCUGUAAAGUUAUGGUGGUCUGUAAAGUUAUAGUGGUCUGUGAUGUUAUGGUGGUUUGUAGUUUAUAGUGUGGAAAAAUAUAAACUGAAUAAUGAUGUGUCAAUUUCAUAAAUCAUUCAACUGGAUCAGCUAGAUUAACUUAAGGAUUCACUACAAAAGUAAGACUCUUCAAGUCUAAAACUGAUAGAAUUUUGAAGCGUUCAUUCAUUAUCUUUACACAAGUGAAUGCUUUAAAUAGGAUCCUCUUUCUAAAAAUUAUUUCAUACAAAUUUCAAUUGUUGACUAAUUAUUCAAUAUGAAUAAAUUCAGGUACAGAAAUGGUGUAUUACUGGAUGCCACUAACAACCCUAGGUAUGAAAUUCUGGGUUCCGGAAGACAACUCCGCAUUUAUCCAGCCCAGGUCAAGGACAAAGGUCGCUACACAUGUCUUGCAAGCAACAGAGCCGGUAAAGAUGAGCUGGAUUUUGAAUUGUCCAUUUUUGGUGAGUGAGGAUUGAUCCUGUGGUUGAAGUCAAUCAAAAAUUGUAUUUCUCUGUUAAUUUACAACUGCAUUUCUUCCUUUGUUUCUUUAAAACAUAAAGAAAAAUAACAAUCAACAAAUAGGCCAAUUAAUCCUAGUAAAAUUCUCUCUUACUUUACAUAAUAUUAGGGCACAAAGGAACAAUAUCUUUGUUAAACAUUCUUAUCUCGUCCACAUACGUUCAACAUCAACAUGUUAUAGCAUAUUUAUUAUGAUUAGUUUCAUCAUGUUAUUUCCCUUGACAUAUUAAAAAGUUGAAACAACUGUUUUUACUCCAAGAUGAGUUCUUUGAUCUAAUUUUUUUUUUUGAAAACUUAAAAUUGUUAAUCCAUGUUUUUCUUAAUUAUAAUGCGUAUUGAUAAAUAGCUUAAUAUUUUUAUUAAUUUAUAAAGACCUAUUUUAUAUUUAUCUUUUAUAUCUUGGCUUGCUAACAGUGGCCACUUACCACGCAGAUUUUUGUGUGUGAUGCUUUUCAGUUCCUCCAAGAAUUGACCGCCAAGCAAUAAGCUUCCAGCCAAAAGUAAUCAUCAACAGUUUUGUGACCAUACCCUGUCCCACUGUGGGUGUGCCCACUCCAAAAAUUGUUUGGUUCAAGGACGGACAACCUGUAGAGACGAGGGUGGGUGUGAUCGAGGCCAGAGCCAACGGAACUGAACUAGUGCUACAGCAAGCCCAGGUGGUGGACAGUGGUCGCUACAGGUGCGUGGCCACUAACCAGGCAGGGGAGGAUAGCCUCAUCUUUAAUCUCGAAGUACAAGGUAAAAAAUAUUUGUUGUAUUUGACUAUAAAUAAAAUCAUCUUGUUGCUUCCCUUUAGUAAUAGCAAUUCAUGAGUUUGAAACUGGGUCAAGAAUUAAGACAUAAUUGUCAAAAUAAGGCUAAUGAACAAAUAUGUAAAGUAGGUUUAUUUUAAUAUCCCAUAUUUGAUCGUGUGUGCAUAACAAUUACCACAGGAAGUAUAAAAAAACCUUAAUUUCAUGACUGCCCAUAUGGUUAAAUUCUAAUGUCUUAUUCUAACUCUAUUUCAAAACUGUGACAUAUUUCAGCGGAACAGUUUUUUAAAGUUGCUAGUUUAACUGUAGCAUUCGAUUGUAAAUUUCAGAUAUGUUAUCUUAGCCUGAAAAAUAUUUUAUACCUCUAAUCCCACCUUCCCACCUUCAGUCCCACCUUCCAUUCCAUCCGAGAACAUUAAUGUGGACUUAAAUGUCAUUGAGAAUGACACAACAACAUUAGAAUGCCCUGCCGUGGGUGUCCCCGAGCCCACCAUUAUCUGGUACCUGAACAGUUCACCCCUAGACCCGGAGCUGCAACCUGGGCUCACUCUUAGUGAAUCAGGCAAGCAGUUGAUGAUCACACCCACCAAGGUCACGGACACCGGGGUGUACACGUGUAUUGCCUCUAAUGAGGCUGGGGAAGCUGAGCAGACUUACAACGUCGAAGUUUGGGGUAUGGACUCAAAACAUUUUAUUAGCAUUAUUCCUCAAGAUUUAUAUGUCCAUACAAACAUUAGCAAAUCAUAAUAUAUGUUUUUGUGCACAUUAUAUAGGCCUACAUAUUAAAUCACCAUGUUACAUAAUAUUAGUUUUUAAAAACUUUAACUUUAAAAAAAGUCCAAAAAUAGCUUAUUUUCUAUGCAAACAUCAUAUUUUGGUGUAAAUGCAUUUUGAUAAAAACACUUUAAUAUUUUUUUUAAAAUUUACUGUUAAAAUUUUAAAAAAUAGACCCUGUAGGUACAUAAAAUUCAAAUUUUUUAGGUACUCAAUUUGAUUUAACAAAUUUUCUCUGUUAAUAAAAAAUUGUUUUUUCAAAUUUUUGUGUCUGCAAAUUAACUUCAAACUUUAACUUAUCGACAAUUUGGCGUUGAUGGUUUAGGGCUUCGUCAGUUGUCUAACAACAAAGAGCAGUGAGGCAAAAAAUUUUUUUUAAAGUAAUAGGGAGAAUAUUUCAGAGCUAAAUGGAAGAUGUGGAAUUUGUCCAUGACAAUCAACAUGUCAGGUCAUAUUGUGUUUCAUGGUGAAAAAAUAAAACAUAGAGGCAUUAACAUUAUGAUUGGUUAAAAAAAUAUAUGUUGUAGUUAAUUAAUUUAUUUUAGAUUCUUUAAACUCAGAUUUCCUAAAAAUAUUAGAUUUAUUAAGUAAGUCAGGAAUGAUAUUAUUAUAUUAAAACUAUUUUCAUUUGUGUUUAGUUCCUCCUGCCAUAGAUAAAUCAGCCCUACAGGCACAGCCCAGAGUCAUUAAAGGUCACACCAUCAGCAUCAACUGUCCAGUCUCUGGCAUUCCCUUCCCGACCAUCACCUGGCUCAAAGAUGGCCAAGAAAUGACUCGAGAUGCCCGUGUUCAGUUUUUGAGCAAUGGUCUGCAGUUACGAGUUGCUGAUGCCCAAGAAGAGGAUUCUGCAAUCUAUUCCUGCUUGGCUAAGAAUCCUGUAGGGGAAGACAAGGCUGAUUUCGAUUUGGCUGUGUUGGGUAAGUUGUGCCGGGUUAGUUGGACUGGGUUAGUUGAAUUGGGUUGGGUUAGGUGGGCUGGGUUAGUUGUGCUGGGUUAGUUGUGCAGGUUUAAUUGGUCUGGGUUAGGUGGCCUGGCUUAGUUGGGCUGGGCUAGUUGAACUGAGUUAGUUGGGCUGGGGUGAUUGAGCUGCGUUAGUUGGGCUGGGCUAGUUGAACUGAGUUAGUUGGGCUGGGGUGAUUGAGCUGCGUUAAAACAAAUUAAUGUCUAAUAAUUUGAAGAAAACUAUAACUAUCUUAUUACAAUCUUUUUUUUACCAGAUUCAUUCACAAAAUAAUGUUGGUUCAUCUUGAUGGCAUGUUAGCUUACUCAUUUUUAAUAUCCACAUUUCCAGUUCCCCCUUCCAUCGAUGAAUCCAAUGUUGUUUAUGACCGAAAAGUCAAUGUGGACAGAAGAGUUCAGCUGGAGUGUCCAGUGCAUGGAAUUCCUAUCCCCACUGUUGAAUGGAUGAUCAAUGGGCAGCCAGCUAAAAAAUUUGAGCACAUUGUGUAAGUAAACAGUAAACCCCACUAAUUAACCUUUGAGCAUGUCUGAGUCUGCUUAUCAUACUGUAGAUUGCGAUACAUGUUUAUCAAUAUAAUAAAAUCUCCGACUUAGGAUCAGCAGCAGAGUGAAAAGUGUUUAAUUCCCUAAGUUCCAAUCAGUUAAAUAAUUAUUUCACUUGUAUGUCUAUUCCAUGUGCAAAGGAAGGGGAAACUUGGGGCGGGGGGUGGGGGGGCGGCUGUUCUUUCCCAAGUGGCACAUUUGUUCUGUAUAUUGAGGGAUGGCAUUUUCGGCAGGGGGGCUAACCAUAUUUAGGUUGUUGAUCUGUUGAGAUGCUUUCAUUUUGCACUCAUUUCACUAUGCCUAUUAAUUUAAAAAAAAAUACCUUUAACCAUGACCUAUAGUUUUACAAAGCAAGCUACAGUUGUCAAUUAUAAUUUUAUGAGAAGAAAAAAAAUCUCUUUCAAAUUACCUUUUUUUUUCUUUCUGCUCUUCAUAUUUCAGGAAAAUUAAAUGUUAAAUCCAACAUUAGAGAGCAAAAAUCAAACAUAAAUUGUGUUUUUUAGAAAAUAAAAUGUCAUUUUACCCAAAAUUUCAAAAUCAGCUUGCUAGUAUAUUAUUAUUUCUAAAUAGGAAGGAUCAUAAGUUAAUAUUUUGCAAAACACAUAGCCCAAAUUUAUUCUGAGGAGCAAUGUAACAGUAGUUUGUGUCAUAAAAUGUUUAUUUUUAUAAUCUUUCUAUAGAUUGCUAAGUAACAACCGCAUCCUUGAAAUAGAAAAGGUCUCAGUCAGGGACACAGCCCUGUACACUUGCAUAGCCAGCAAUGAAGCAGGACAGCUUGAGAGGAACUUCAACCUGGAAAUACUUAGUUGGUUUUCUCUCAUUAAUUGUUGUGUUUCUUUUGUAGUUUUCGAUUUUAUAAUAUGUUAAUAAUGUUUUGACAGUUUUGAAGAGGCUAAUUUACUUAAUCCAGUGGCAAUAAAUAAGGGAUGUAUAGACCUUGGCAAAAAAGGUUAUUUAAGAGAGAGCGGUCCGCGUCUAUUUCCAUGGCCGCCAUCUUGGUUGCCUCGACCCGCGCACUUUUAUGUGUUCACUGGUCGAGGCAACCAAGAUGGCGGCCAUGGAAAAUUAAAAUAAUUCACUGAAGAAAACGUUACAAAUGUAUGAAAAAAUUGUCUUAAAUCGAUCCCUAUGCCUAACCCUUACCCUAAUCGAUCCCUAUGCCUAACCCUAACCCUAAAUCUAUCCCUAUGCCUAACCCUUACCCUAAAUCGAUCCCUAUGCUUAACCCUAACCCUAAAUCUAUCCCUAUGCCUAACCCUUACCCUAAAUCGAUCCCUAUGCCUAACCCUAACCCUAAAUCUAUCCCUAUGCCUAACCCUUACCCUAAAUCGAUCCCUAUGCCUAACCCUAACCCUAAAUCUAUCCCUAUGCCUAACCCUAACCCUAAAUCUAUCCCUAUGCCUAACCCUAACCCUAAAGCGAUCCCUAUGCCUAACACUUACCCUAAAUCGAUCCCUAAGCCUAACCUGAACCUUAAAAACUAGCCGUAAAUCCACAAGUGAAAACACAUGGAAUUUCACACUUUGGCAAGAAAAGUAUAAAAAUUAACAAAAAACAAUAAAAAAGGGCCUCAAAUAAUUAUCAACUGAAGAAAUAAUGAAAAUCCAACUUACAGUUUCAUGCAAUACACUUUUACACACUUUAUUUCAGGUUUUAAUGAAAAUAUAGCCACAAAAUGAAUAAAUCUCCACACCCCACAGACACCCCAAAGAUAUCAAAUGUGGCAGAACAAAAGAAAUAUGAUAAUGAGCCAACCAAUGAAAAUUUUAAAAUUAUUAUUAAUCAACCAAUAAAAUUUUAAUUCCGAAAAUGUAACUCUUUUAACAAAAAAUAAGAAAAAAAUAAGGGGAGUGAAUCCAAAUUAAAGUCGUCGUGGGCCGCUCAAUCUGAAACAGCCGCAAAAAAUAAAUGAUGUAUGGAAUAUGACAAUAAAUAAAUGAUGUAUAGACUAUGACAAUAAAUAAAUGAUGUAUAGACCAUGGCAAUAAAUAAGUGAUGUAUAGACUAUGACAAUAAAUAAAUGAUCUAUUGACUAUUGCAAUAAAUAAACUAUUUAUAGACUAAGGUGAUUAUUAUAAUACAGGUUAAUGUUUUAAUACAAGCCUUUAACAAAAUACUAUGGCAUGAAUGAAAGUAAAUAUUAUCAUGACACACACAGUAGGAAGUUUUAGAAUAUUGAUAAUUUAUAUUUAAAACCUAUUUUUCCUUAGUCCCUCCAACUAUUGACCAGACUGGACCAGGUAACCUAAUUGUGGUUCAAAAUGACACCAUCAGGAUUCAUUGUCCAGCCACUGGAAUACCUGACCCCGACAUUAUGUGGAUGAAAGAAAAGGUUUGUUUCACUGAUACUUUCUGGAUUCAGAUUUUUUAAUAGCCCCAUGCCUUAUCAUGACUCAGUUUAUUAUAUAUAUUAUAUAUGAGAGCUAGCCCGCCAGUUCUGUUUGAAUCUCAUCAGAGAUGUUUUUUUGGCACCUAAGACAAACAAUUUUAAAAUAGGUUUUAUUAUAAAUGCUGCAUGUUGUCAUAAUUUUUCAAUAAAACAGUAACAGUGGUCAUGGCAGGAACACUACCAGUUGCUGAGCCAUCUUUCAGUGUCUUGAAUUUAUUCAAAAUGCUCAUUUGCAUUUUAAAAUUAAAUACCAUAUCAGGAUUUAAAUAAUUGUGUAUUUUGGUCAAGUGAAUACAUUCUCAUUGCUUUCUUCCAUAAUUUGAUAUCUAUAUUUGUCAAGUAAAACAUAUUUCGGAAUACAAAAAAAAGGGAGAAAAAAAAAUGGGGGGGGGGGGGUGUGAUUGACUUGUCUAAUCUUUACUCCUCUAAUCUUUACUCCUCUAAUCUUUAGCUAAAAAAUCAGCAUAGUCAGAAGAUAUGGUUCAAUUAAAAUAAAAGUCUUACAUUUUUCAAUGUUUGGAUUUGCAUCAUUGAUUCAAUGUUACUUUUGGGUCUAAUGUGUCUGAUGUAUGAUGAAGAUUGUCCAAUGUGUCUGAUGUAUGAUGGAGAUUGUCUAAUGUGUCUGAUAUGCUUGAUGGUGAUUGUCCAAUGUGUCUUAUGUAUGUUGGAGACAGCCGUAUGACAUCCUAUUGCCUCCUAGUUUGGAUUACGAAUUUAAACAUUUAAAAAAAAUGUGUUUAUUUGUUGUACCGCAACCCACUUGCUGCUCCCAAAUUGAUUGUCUUCUUGUCAACAAAGUCCAAAAGGUUGUUUAAGUCAUUCAUCUUUUGUUACAGAGGCCUUUCCUGGACUUCCCAUAUGUAGAGCUCCGUCUUCUCAAUGAUGACCAGACUCUGGAGAUCAGCAAUGCCCAGCUGGAUGAUGCAGGGAACUACAGCUGCCGGGCAUCAAAUCCUGCUGGUAUAGAUGACAGAGCAUUUAGUCUUCAAGUUCAUGGUAAAACAUUAUAUUUUGUAACAGUAAUUAUAUAAUGUAAUAGUGAUCUUAUAUUGUAAUAGUGAUUAUAUCAUAUUGUUUUUUAGUAAGCUUUAAGAGUGAAUAUUGUAAUGGUUUCCACAUUGAAAUAAUGUAAAUAUAAAACAAAAACAUUUUAAUUGUGUAAAUAUGAAACAAAACAUUGUAGUUCUGUAAACAUGGAAAGUAAUUUGUAAAAGUGAAAAAAAAAAAUUAAAUAGCAGAUUUUAAAAAUGUUCUUAUCUUGUUGAGUAUUAAAAAAAAAUCUCUCUCCAAUUUUGACAUUUUGUAAAAAAAAAAUCUUUCAUUAAUGGAAAGUGUAAAAAGAAGUCAGACUUUUUCCCCUCAGGAUGAAUUCUAAAGGAUCUGUUAGCACUCUCUCUCUCUGAAAAUUUACUAGUGAGAGUUUUUGGCAAAUCUAACAAAAUCUGAAAGGCCGGACUUUUAAAACUAUACAUUAAUAUUUUUAUAUGCACGCAAUCUAUAAAGGCACACAUUUGAGUCUAUCGUCCUUAUUUAAAAAAACAAACUUUUAAUUCUAGUUAAUUUGUUAUUUAUUCCAUCGACCACAGUGCCCCCUUUGAUAGGCAAGCCAACACCUGACAAACUUCAUGUGAUUGAAGGGCAGUCCAUCUCAAUGAGGUGCUCUGUAACGGGCACUCCAGAGCCUUCUAUUCUGUGGUUAAAGGAUGGAGCCGUCAUUUUGGAAGACAAAAAUGGUCAUAAGCAAGUAUGUCAAUUUUUUAACUUUACUAUUACAAAAAUCAGUCUUGACUUGUACAAGCGUAAAGGGAAUCAUUAACCCUGUGACAACUACCAUUUCAUACCUUUGCUCUCUAUUGCUGGCAAGGUACUCGCUAUAGUCCUUCUAAACCAUCUUAAUUCCUAUCUUGAGAAGGGCCUCUUGCCAGAAAGUCAAUUCUGUUUGCACAAAGACGACAUAACUAUUGAUAUUGUAUUCGUGGCCAGACAGCUGAAGUAAAAGCAUCAGGAAAAGAAUAAUGACCUCUUCUCCACCUAUGUAGACCAGACAGUGUCACUAGAGAAGGUCUCUGGAAGAUCAUGGCCAAAUAUGGAUGCCCAAGAAAGUUCAUUUCAUUGGUGCAGCAAUUCAGUGAUAUUAUGCACGUUCAGGAAAAUAGAAAGAUGUCCCAAUCAUUCCUCAUGUCUAAUAGUGUCAAACAUGGUUGUGUCCUGGCACCAACACUUUUCAGUCUCAUGUUCUCUGCCACGUUGUCUGAUGUUCUCAGUGAGGGAGACAUUGGAUUUGGCAUCGGAUACUGCAUAGAUGGUAAAGUUUUUAACCUCAGGGGAUUCCGUGCUAAAUCCACCGUCCUGACAGACAUCAUCAGGAACUUUCUGUAUGCAGACGCCUGUGCCCUAAACACUGAAUCAGGGGGCCAAUACGCAAUGCAGUGUUGCCAACAUCUCAGACGCCUGCACAAGCUUUGGUCUUACCAUUAAAACAAAAAAGCCUCAGGUCCUGCACCAACCAGCUCCUUGCUGAGCCCAGUGUCCAAGUCAAUAGUGAAAGGCUUAAAGUAGUAACAGCUUCUCUUAUCGUGGCAGCGCACCGUCCCAAAGUCUAACCAUCAAUGAUGAGGCAAAAAUUUGAAUUCGAAGAGCCAGCGCAACCUAUGGAAAAAUGUCUAAGAAUGUGGGGACAAGGAGAGGCAUCAGCAUCCAAACAAAAACAAACGUUUAGAAGGUGGCUAUGCCCUUGAUGCUACUAUAUGCAAGUGAAACAUGGACAGUCUAUCAUAACAGUGAUAUUAACAUUUGAUGUUCUUGAUAAAAGGUUACAUAAAAAAUUUAAAUGCUUUAAAAAAUUGGCUACAUGGGACCAGUAAUCCACAAUAUUAACCUCUGAAUUUGAAAAAAUAGGUAUUGGACAAUGACAUGACCUUACAAAUUGUUGAUGCCCAUCCGGUAGACAGAGCCAGGUACACCUGUCAUGCCGAGAACCAUGCUGGCUUUGCUGAGAAAUACUUUGACCUGGAAGUAUAUGGCAAGUUAUUUUUUAAAAACUAAUGUAAUUGAAAUCCAAUUAGAUAAUAGACACCUUCAUAAAACUGUUCUUUUUUAUUUAAACACUGCUCACUUGGUGUAGUUGGUCAUAAAUAAAUUUGUAAUAAUAUUACAAAUUUCAGGAGUCAGAAACAGCAUCCAUUUUGGCCAAAUAAUAUGAAUCAUUUCUUUUUUUCGGGGGUGGCCGGGGGGUGGGGGGUGGGGUUAGCUAUUUACCACAAAAAAAAAAAAUUUCAUUCCAAAAUUUAAACAGUUUCUUCAUUUACAGACUUUUUGAAAUGGGUUGAACUACUGAUGUAAAUUUUUUUGAAAUUGAAAAAAUUUUGAAAGAGAUUUCCUACCAGUGUAAUAGCUUGUUAUAACUUUGAAUGUUGCACUACCAACACAGAGCCUGCCAGGAUCAAUGGAUCAGGUCGCCGAGUGGAGGUUCCGGUCAUUGUGAACCAAGAGGUCUUUCUUACCUGUCCCGCCGAGGGUGUCCCCACUCCCACGAUCACAUGGCACAGAAAAAACAACCCCAUACCCACGUAUGGCAUGCCCAACAUACGUAUUCAGGUAACUUCCAUUUAUACCUCCAGAUGGCAUGCCAAACGUGUUUCUUAUGUAUUGAUGUACCUUUAAUUUUAACCCCCAAUGAUAUGUACAACAUAUUUAGGUAACUUACAUUCAUAUAUUCAUAGGGUAUAUCCAACAUAUGUAUUCAGGUAACUUCCAUUUAUACCUCCAGAUGUCAUGCCAAACAUAUUUCUUAUGUAUUGAUUUAACGUUAAUUUUUUUGUGAUUUACAUUCAUGCAUUCAUAGGGUAUAUCCAACAUAUGUAUUUAGGUAACUUGUAAUUAAUAGGCUCAUUUGGUAAACACACACACACAAUUGAUGGAAUGUCUUACAAAAAUUACACUUUUACAAAUUUCUUAUGUUUAAAAGCUAUUUUAUAUCACAGUUUAAAAUUAGAGUGCAUAAGAUUUUUAAAAUUAUUUCUGUAUCAGGAAAUGGGCAGACAACUGGUGAUUAUCUCGGCACAACUCCUUGAUUUUGGAGACUACACUUGCACAGCUAGAAAUGAUGCAGGAGAAGAUAGGCUGCAGUAUAUUGUUACAAUUAUGGGUAAGAGUGAUGAAACUUAUCAAUUCUCCAAUUGAAUAUUUUUGGUUUUUAAAACUGGUUUAUUCAUUUAAACCAAAUUUGAUGUUUUUGAUAAUCAAAUUUUACACAUAGAAAUAUUCAGAAAACCCAAAGAAGUUCAGACUAUGUGUAAUUUCUUUUUUUGGGGGAAGGAUGGGUCUCCCAAUAAUUUAUAUUAAAAAAUAACCCAGUGUACACAUAAUACCCCAUUUAACAACAAGCAACUCAGUGUACACAUAAUACCCCAUUUCACAACAAACAACAUAUUGUUCAAAUAACCCAUUUAACAACUAAUAACUGAUAAUACAAAUUACAACCCUUUGCACAACAAACAAACCAUUGUACAAAUGAUAACCAUUUAACAAGAAAUAACCCAUUUUACAAAUGAUAACCUUUAAGAACAACCCAUUGUACCAUCAGUGACCCAUUGCACAAAUGAUAACCCAUUGUAAAAAUGGUAACCUAUUUACUUAUUUAAGACUGACAACCCAUUGUACAAAUGAUAAGCCAUUUAAGACUUAACAUCCCAUUUAUACAGCUAACAACACUAAAGUUUUUCAAUCAUUAUGGUCUGGGUGGCUUGAACCCACAUCUUAUUUCUUAAGCUUUGUUAUCACAUUUACACAGAACUGAUCCCUAAAAGUAAAUUUUUUAAUAAUAGAUCAUGAGUAACAUUAUUAUUAAAAUACAAUAAAAAAAUAAUGAUACUCAUGUUACAAGACAGACUAAUGAAAACAUUUUAAAGUAUGGGCAUUGUGCUUUUCAUUAAAUGAUAAUUUUUGUGUGUGUUUUUGUUAGUUCCACCUGAGAUUGAAGAAGGACCAACAGAGGCAGCGGAAAUCAUCAACUCUCGAGUUCUCUUGCAAUGUGAAAGCAGCGGUAAGCCGACGCCUGUGGUAUCCUGGACCAAAAACGGACAACCUUUCCCGACCACAGGGCUUAGGCAUAGGAUGCUGCCAUCAGGAUCUCUGGAGUUUAUGGUGGUCAGACUUGAAGAUGAUGGAGUUUACAGGUGUGUGGCCAGCAACGCUGCAGGAAAUGCCACAAGGACUGUUCAACUGCAAGUACAAAGUAAGUGAUGUAGGAUAAUGAUAGCAUCUCAGCUGUGACACCAGUAGGCCGUUAAAGGCAGUUUGGGGCCAUCUCUAUAUGACGCCAAGCUGUUUUGGCUGGUAUUGGACACCCCCCUCACCCAUCCAUCUUCACAACUCCGUCACACAAUUUAGGCACCCUCAUAAUAGAUUGUCACAAAUGUUUGAGCGUGUACUUGUUAGAUUGCUGACAUCUUUUAUGGACGGCUCCUUAUGUCAAUUUAUUGCAAUCAAGUAAUUUUAAAAACAUUUAAAUUGACCUUUAAAUGAGGUCAGGUCAGUACAAGAGAGAGGGUCAUCUUUCAUUUAAAAAAAUUGUAGCAGAAACAUUGGGCAGUUUGCUUUUUACUCAAAAUAAAAUGUAUUUUACACAGAUGGCUAGAUCAUUCUGUGAAGAAGGCAUGUGAGAUAAUGUGUUUCUUUUGGAUCUUGAAGAUGUCAAGAUAAUCACUUAGUCUCAACCAAAACAUGUUAAGAAGGGAAAAAUGAAAAUGUCAUUGAUUUUCUUUUCAGUCCCGGCAAAAAUUCUAAACCGUGGUCAACCAACAAUUAGAGGAUCAGAGCGUGAGUCAGUAAUUUUAACAUGUGAUGUGGAGGGCUCACCUGCCCCAACUUUGUAUUGGCUCAAGUACAGGCAACAUGUGGAGACUGAUGCUCGUAAGAACUAUCAUUUAAAAAAAUUUUUUUUUUAAAUGUCUCUUUUCUUAAGAACAAAAUGAGAGAUUCCACUGAAGCAUUCCAUUAAUUAAAUACUUAUGAAUCAACAGUCAACAGAAUUUUUAAAUAUUAUAUUAAGUGCAUUUAUAAAAAUAUUAUAUUAAUUUAGUUGACCUUAAAUAAUAAAUGACAAUAAUCUGAUUUUGGUAACUAUUGCCGUGCAGUGACAGAUGGUGUAGAGAGUGGGCUAAUCCCUUUUAAUGGCUUUUUAAUUUUUAAAAUUGUAACAAAAUAAUAUUCAGUACAUUAAGCAGUGUAUACAUAUUCCAUUACAUGCAUGUCAUGCCAUCUCUCCUUGAGACACCGACACCUACCUCAUUUUUUUAUCAUUUACAAAAAACAACCUGCAGGUAUUAAAAUAAUGGAGAAUGGAUCUCUGCUAAUCUCAUCACUGGACCGAAAGGAUGCCGGAGUGUAUACAUGUUUGGCCCAAAAUAGCGCAGGGACAGACAGUCGAGACAUAAGGUUGAGAGUACAAGGUAGAGUACAAGAUGGGAGUGUUAAAUCUAAGGAUAUUGUGGAGAAGACUUAAGUGUAUUUUGCUCAAAAUAAGGUCCUACUUAAAAAAAAUCUAGUGAUAUGCAUAAAGUGAUUGGUAUUGUACACUAAGCUGGAGUAGUGAUUGGUAUUGUACACUAAGCUGGAGUAGUGAUUGGUAUUGUAUACUAAGCUGGAGUAGUGAUUGGUAUUGCACACUAAGUUGGAGUAGUGAUUGGUAUUGUACACUAAGCUGGAGUAGUCAUUGGUAUUGUACACUACCCAUUAUUUGGCAUAGAACACAGAUAUUUCAUAUUUUAUAUAUAAAUUGCGAUAUUGUGUCAUUAAAAAAGAAGAGGAAGCUCAACCUAUUACUCUGCCUUGUUAGUAUCAUUGUAAACACUGUAUUGCCUGCAUAGAAAGGGCUGCUAAAUAUCCAGAACACUAUACUUUUAACUAUUUUGUGUUUUUUGUUAAUCCUACAACAGAAAUUUAUUUAAUUUUUCAAAAAGCCAAUGAUAGAACAGCUUAGUCUAGUGCAUAUUACUUAUGGUGAGGAAAUCAAUAAUAUUCUAAUAACUAUUUUACUGUAAAGAGCUUCUAUUUAAAAUAUUUUCAUCUGUCUAAGAUAAGAAUAAUUACUAACUGUCGUAAUAAUAUUAGAGUCUUUAGAGACGGUAUUAGAGCAGUUCAUUUGUAAAAAAAAUUGUUACAUGAUAAACUGCUAUGGUUAUUGAUGCUGAGUUGUUGCAUUCUGCAUUCACAGAACCACCAGAGAUCUUUGUACCUCAGACAGAUUUUACAGUGCUCCAGAAUCGAACCAUAGUUCUUCCUUGUCAAGCCAAUGGUCGUCCCAGGCCAAAGAUAAUUUGGGAAAAAAAUGGCCAAGAAAUAACCACCUCAACCAAUCACAGGCUGGGAUACGGCAGAGUCCACUACAUAAUACUGCAGACUGGUGGACUGGCCAUACCACAUACAAGGUACUAACUGCCACAUACUAGGUACUAAUCUACCACAUACAAGGUACUAACUUCCACAUGCUAAGUACUAACUGCCUCAUACUAGGUACUAUCUACCACAUACUAGGUACUGUCUACCACAUACUAGGUUCCACAUGCUAGGUACUAACCGCCACAUACUAGGUACUACCUACCACAUACUAUGUACUGUGGACCACAUACUACCACAUACUAGGAACUAUCUACCACAUGCUAGGUACUAUCUACCACAUGCUAGGUCUAACUACCACAUACUAGGUACUAACUACCACAUACUAGGUACUAACUACCACAUGCUAGGUACUAAAAAGGGUUUAUACAUUUUACUCAACAUGCAAUGGUUAAAUACCAAGUCUUUCUAUUAAAAUUUUUUUUAAUCUCUCAUAAUAAUAUAUAUUUAUAUUAUAUAUACUUUGUGAGUGCAGUACAUAUUUUGAACACUGCUCUCCUCUUUUCUAUCAGUAUAGCAAUAAAAUAAGCUUACUGUUGUUCAUCAUUUUGUUCAAUUUGUUUUUUGUUAGAUCUGAAGAUGCCGGCACUUACAAGUGUAUAGCUGAGAACAGUGCAGGACAAUCAUUCCAAACACUCAAGUUGACAGUACAAGGUAAAAUUACAAGGCUUCAUAUCACCAAAUUCACAAUCUGAUUAUGGUAAUAUUCAUCCUUACCCUCCCUUACAAUUAAAUUAUGCCUAACUAAAAUAUUAUUAGCUAAGUAGAGAAAUAUUUGGUUUAAAAAACAUCAAAUUAACUAUUGAAAACCCCCCACUGUUUUAACUACAAUUUUUAUACAGGGUGGGCCAAUAAAAGUGAGAACAUCUCGUAAAAUAUUACGCUAUGAGAUGUUCUCACUUUUAUUGGCCCACCCUGUAUAAAUUUUACAUUAUUGUCAUUAAUAUUGACAGAUUAGAAAGAGAAAUCCUUGCAGCUUUUGCAUAUUGGUCAUGAUCAAGUGAUUAAAUUUUUGUGGUUGCUAAGUGACCUUCUUGUUCAUAGGUUUUGUUACUUAUUACCAGUCUAAGAUAAUCCUCCAACUGCCUCAAAUCUGAGAGAAGAGUAAUGUUCUCAUUAUAAACAAAAUAAUAAUUAUACCAAUGGAUAAUUUUUGAUGCAAAACUUUUAAUAAUAAUGUUCAGACUCAGCAUUAAUUAGAUACAUUAUUAUUUAUGCAAACAGUGCCUCCAGUGAUAGAAGCAGCACUUCGUCAAUUUGUUGUUUCGGUUGGGGACAGGACAACUCUGCCAUGUAAAACAGUGGGAUUUCCAAUACCAACGAUCAUGUGGACUAAAGACAGACGUCGUAUCGACCCAAGGGAUCCCAGAUAUCGAUUUGAAUCUGAUGGAAGUUUAACAAUCGAAAACAUCAAUGUAAGAUCAAAAUGCACCUUUGUUUUUAUGAUAUAUAUUUUGGUGUUUUACUAGCUAGUUUUUGCAGUUAAAGGUUAAAGGGCAUAGUGAUAAUUUAAGGCAUUAGUUUUUAUUUCAAUGAAUUUAUUAAAAUGAUAAUAAUCUCUUUACUGUAAGGCUGAUGAUGCAGGGGACUUCAUUUGUACAGCAGAGAAUUUGGUAGGGACAGACUCACAGAGCAGACUGCUUAGAGUUCAAGGUCAGAAUUUAUCUUUUGUUUUUAAAAAUGUAUUUACUUAAAUCAAUCACAAAAAAAAAAGACCUGAUUUCAUAUCAUUUACUCAUUAACAUUUUUUAAAGAAAUAUUUCUCACCCCAUCUAAAUUUGUGUGAUUUUUCAUUGACGUGGUAUGGACAAAUGGUAUUAGUUCAAUAUUUGAAGUAGUUCCUUGACGUGGUAUGGUUAAAAUGGUAUUAGUUCAAUAUUUGAACUAGUUCAUUGACGUGGUAUGAUCAAAUGGUAUUAGUUCAAUAUUUGAAAAUUUCUACCAAUUUAACCUAUAAUAAUCACAUAUUUAUGUUCAUAGACAUUGGGAUGGGGGGAAAAUGUGGCACAAUUGCUUCCCCUAGAUUUGAGGGACACUAUUACAAAUAUAAUAUCCCUUUUCAUAUUUAUUCUUAUGGUACAAUUUUAAGUGCCUGAUGCUACUCUCAUCCACUUUGGUGGAAUGCCCAAAUGGGUUAUAUUUUUUGAAAGUCUGUGUCAUUUGCCCUCUUUUCUCUAUCAUUUAUCUUUGACCAGUUCCCCCUGUGCUUGUGACCCUACCAAAAGACAGAGAGCUGACAGUAAACACCAACUUCCAGAUGUCCUGUGCAGCUAAAGGGGUGCCGACUCCAGUGAUUACUUGGAUGUUAAAUGGAAAGCAAAUCCCAGGUAGCUUUUUUAAAAAUGCUGGUGAUAUAAUAAGAGACUUAUGGCUGUCAUGCACUUCCUGGUUCAAGUGUCAUGAAUAGUUUCUGAUUUGUUUCAAGAAUAUUUAUAGAUUGAGUGCAUGAGCCAUGAAAAUGUACAUGUGAUACAAGGUAUGAACUAAUAAUAUCACUUGAUAAAUGUUAAUUCACCAAGAAUCCCAACAUUCUACCAAAUUACUUGAUGAAAAUGUUGACCCCACUACUAGUGCUUUAGUAUGAUGUGUUUUAGGGGUACUUAUGGAGGGGUAGUACCUAUGAUUGGAAAGUAGCUAAAUAAUCUUUGGUCCCUGCAUGGUGCUCGGCUGUGACCUGAGGCUCCAAGAAGCUGUAGCAUGCGCAACAGCUGCUACACCACUGAAAAGGACUUUGACCAACUCACUAAACCAAAUCAAAUCUUUGGUCAACAGGGCUUGACCCCUGUAGCAUGUGUUAAUUGUUCUGUAUUGAUGUUUCAUUUCUAAAAAUGAGAUCACCAAUUUGCAUUUUUUAAACCCUCCUUGUUGAUAGAUGAAAACUAGUUUCUAUUUAAACUUUAAUAUGAUGCAGUUGGUCAUAAAUGUUGCCAUGUUUACUUGAACUGCUUCUGUCUCAGCCCCUGCCAGCCUCAAUGGAGCUAGCACGCUAACAGUGAGGAAUGCCAUGAAAGAAGAUGCUGGAGAGUACACCUGUGUGGCCACCAACCCAGCAGAUAACCAGCAGGUCACUGCAAGUGCCAGGGUCAUCAUCAAAGGUUUGUAUUACAUGGUUAACAGACAAAGCUCAUUAAAAUUUGUGAUCUAAAAAUGCUUUUGUAUCAAGAUAUUAAAUUAAAAACAUUAUGAAAUAAUAAAAUAUAUAUAUAGACUUAUUAGAUUUUCUUAGAUAGCAACUUCUAAGAGUAACUUUUUUACCGCAAGUCCUUAUCUGAUGAAUUUUUUUUAUGAUAGAACAUUUUAAUUUGAAAUUUUAUGUCCACGAUGAUGACUUUUGGUCAAAAACUGAUAACAUUACUGAGCAUCUUUAUGUUAUUAAUAAAUUCUAGUUCCGCCAAGAGUGAUAGUGCCACCACUGGACUGGGCUGUUAAGAUUGCUGAGAAAGUGAUUCUGGAUUGUUCUGUUGGUGGGGACCCAGCUCCUGAGAUCUUGUGGACCAAAAACAGUCGACCUGUGGAGCUUGGAGAUAGAAUCCAACAGUUGAACAAUGGUUCUCUAAUUAUUUAUGAUGCUACAGUAAGUUCUGGAUUUUGUGAUACUAAAUUAAGUUAUAGACGCAAGGCGGACAGACUAAUGAGCUAAUUAGAUAUUCACUUUUUUUAUUGGCCUACCAAAACUUUAGGAAUCCACUUGGGUCUGAUUUUUCUGGCUUUGUUCUCCGUCCAAAGUACAAAAUUGAAUAGCAUGUUUUAAUUAAGUACAUUUUUUACACAGAAUAUAAUGGGGUUUUCAAAGGUACAGUUUAACUUGUUAUAUAAAAGUAUUUAUCCUAUGACAAUUUCUAAAUAAAUGGAAUUCUUCAGGAAACUAAUAUCUUUUCCUCACUUGAAAACGUAAUCUAAAUUAUAGUAAAUUAUAAAUCUUUCUUCCUUCUAAUGAUACAAUAUUUUAUGGUAAUUUAAAAAAAAAAAUUUGUUACCACCAGGCCUCAGAUGCUGGCCAGUACAAAUGUAUAGCAAUCAAUGAUGCAGGCACAUCUGAAGCCCAGUCAGUUGUAACUGUUAAAUGUAAGUGUUCUCACAUCAUGUUAAUUAAUAAACAUACUAGUAAUUCACAAAUAAAAUAUCUAUCAAUUUAACUGUAACAUGAUUAUUUUUAAAAGUGCAUUAUUGUAGGACUUUUUCUUUCACCUCAACAUUUUCAUACAAUCUCCAGCUGAACCAAAAUUUAGGAUUGAGCCGAGCAACGCUUUAGUGGAGAUUGGUGACACUGUCCUGUUCGACUGCACAGCCGAGGGUGUACCACCACCGACAAUGUUUUGGUGGAAGGAAACAGAUGAGAUUGUUUCAGGGGGGAGAGUAGCAGUGUUAAACAACAAUUCUCUUAGGUCUGAUUAUUAUAAAACUACAGUCUCAACAAUUUCUUUAUUUGAUCAACAGCUCAUUCCCUCUUUAUCAAAGCCAUUUAAUGUCAUUAAAAUUGAAAAAAUUUUGUUAAUUAGCUGGAUUUUUAGUUUGUCUCACUACAGUUUUAAACUAUGUAUUUUUAUACAGAUUAAUAAUCUGCAAAAGAAAUUUAAUUUAUUUAUCUAGUUCAUCAUAUUCAUGACUAGUUAAAUAGACAAUGCUCCCACUAUGUAAAGAUAUCACUUUACCAAAAUUUAAAAUCUGUGAUUGAACACUUCCAUCAACUAUAAAACUUUUCCAGUGUGAAUUGUGCCAAUUUAAGUUUAACUUGAAAAAUAUUUUCAUAGCUAUUACUAUUAGCUGUAGACUGUAGAUAAAAAAAAAGUGCUCAUAAUAAACACAGACUAGUUAAAAGUUUCCCUGAACAAUAAGUUAGCUCCAAGAUAUUCCUGAAUGAAUAAACUAUAGCCGAGUCUACAAUGUUAUCCAUUCCUAUUUAUUAUUUUUAAAAAGCAUAGGCCUACUUGUAUGAUUAAAAAUAUUGAUUGAAUGAUUUCAUUGCACUUCAAAAUCCAUUUUGCAGGAUUGUAGCUACUCAGCAAUCAGAUGCUGGAGUGUACAGAUGCUUUGCCGUUAAUCCACUGGGUAAAACCUUUGUGGAAACAUACCUUAAUGUGGUAGGUUAGUAUUUCUUUUUUCAAAUUAUUAUAGUUUUCUUUCAUCCUUUUUUUCUGAGUGAAUGAACAAAUUUUUAAAAUUUUAAACAUUUACCUCUUUUAAAUUUAGUUUAAAUACAUUUUAAUUGAAUUACUAAGUCUUUUUUAGGCAUAUUCAAUUAAUAAAUUUUAACAUUAUUUUUUUUACUUGGUAAUUCAUUACCUUAGUUUCUGAAUUAAACAAAUGAAACUGACACUUCAGGCAUUUAUUAUGACAUCCAAUUUCUUAUACAUUAAUAUAAGAAGCUUUAUUUUAAAAUUGUGUGAAAAAUUGUAUGUAUUGAUAUACUUUUGAUAAAUUGGUUAAUUGAAACUUGAAAACAAUAUUUUGGAAAUGGUUUCUAAUUUAAGUAUAAUUAUUGUUCCAGUUCACGGGGAGUUCUCUCAAUGGGGAGAGUGGGGUGCCUGCAGCACCAGCUGUGGGAAGGGUGAUCGCUCUCGACGUCGUACGUGUGAUAACCCACCUCCAGAAAAUGGUGGCAGGGAUUGCGUGGGCCCAAGGAUUGAGUACACCAGCUGUGUUGUGGAACUUUGUCCAGGUACAUGCCUCUAAGCAAAUAGCUAUUCUGGAUUUUAUUAUGAAUGUGGAUGCUUGUAUUUAGAAAAUAAUAAGUUAUUAAAUAUGUUUUAGGGAUUCAUAUUGGAAACAGGAAUUAGCAGGAAUUUUUUAUGUGUCUGGAUUUGAUUUGAUUAGCUCUGUAAUUUUAUUGUAAUACAGAAAUAAUAAAUGUGUACGCAUGAUAAAUGAUUAUAAUGCAAGUUCAUGAUAAAUGAUUAUAAUGCAAGUUCAUGAUAAAUGAUUAUAAUGCAAGUUCCUUCUGUCUGCUCUCAUGUGUUGUUAUUUAUUAAUUUUUAGUCCAUGGGAACUGGGCACCCUGGGGUCAAUGGAGUGAGUGUAGUUUGACCUGUGGUGGUGGCCAGAGAAAGAGAUUAAGAACUUGCAGCAAUCCUGCUCCUAGUGGCAGUGGUCAGCCAUGCAUAGGCAGUGGGGAUGAGACGGAAACCUGUAACACACAGGGAUGUCCAGGUGAGUGGUCAUUAAUCUCUGAUCGUCCGGAUGAUCAGUCAUGGGAAAUUUUUAUAUCUCUUGAUAUUGUGCUUUGUUUGCUGCUGUAAAGAUAUGAACACCAUAGAUAAAAUUAUAUGAGCUAUUUUAAUACAAAAUUCUGUAACUUAAAAUAAAUUAUUAAAAGUAAACCAAUUUUAAAAGUUAUUUUGAAUAUAAAUAUACAAAAAUUAAAAUCAAUUAUUUUUUUAAAAGCUUUAUUAUGAAAUAAAAAUUAUAAAGGAUUUGUUAAGAGGUAAAAACUAGUAAUGAUUAUUGAUUUAAAUUAUGAAUAAUAAAAAAAAAAAUUAAUUUAAAAAAAAAAAAUAAUUUUUUUUUCUAUUAUUACAUUUCUUUGUCACUUCUUGAUGCUGCAGUGGACGGCAAAUUUUCUGAAUGGUCUGCCUGGUCAGAAUGUUCAACAACAUGUGGGCCAGGCACUAAACAGAGAGCCAGAGAAUGCAUACAGCCAGCGUUUGGUGGCAGGAGAUGUUGGGGUGACACUACUGAAGUGGUAGCAUGCAACCUGGGCUCCUGUUAUUGUAAGCAGUGUGUUUGUUUUCUUAGGAAUAUGAUAUUUUUUCUAUAUGGCAACCAUGCUGUGAUCACACAUUGUAGGUCAAAUGCUUGUUUUGUUAGGAAUAUAACACUUUUAUAAAUGGCAAUUAUGUUUGGCUUACAAAUCAGCUGUCUUUCCAUUCAGUUGAAUGCAAUAAUGCACACAAGAAUUGAAAACCAGCUCAAUGGUUUAAUUCAGUUUUUUUAAAGUAAUGAUCAAUUUAUGGCUUAGGAAAUAUAUCGUUACCUGAAACUCAUCAAGAUUACAAAUGCAAAUUUGUAUGUAUGUUGGUUCAUUUUUUUCUUCCAAUUUCUAAAAAAACUACCUUAAGUUGUUGCUAUUCCAUAUAGUAUCUUUACUGAUUAACUUUGAAAGAAACAUGGUCAAAAUCAAUAAAAAUCAUAGGUCCAAUGUUUGUUAAGAAAUUAAUUUAUUGUAUAAAUUUUGUAUGUUUGUUAAAAAUUGCUAGCUGACGCAACUUUUAUUUACAUUAAUGUAGUCUAGUCCUGCAAUGUUAAGAUUUGAUACCAUUUUAUUUCCACUUUAAUUUCAAGAUUUGAAUUAAAACCCAAACUUAAAAAAUCUUACAGCAUUGCCACGAAUUGCAGAGGGUAACAUAAUUGGCUACAUCAAUGGUAUUGACAUUGUGGAGACCAGUAUCACGGCCGAGAUGAUACCAACAGAAACUGGAGUCACACGCAUCGAGGCCACAGUUAGAAAUGUGCCCCCAGGGAUCAGUAGGACAUUUUUCUUAACAAAACUAUAAUAUAAUUGAUAUUUUAACUUUGGGUUCAUGUGGGUGGGUGGGGGGGGGGAUAUGUCAGUUUGCCACAGAUCGAGCAUUUUUUAAAUCUCCCAGAAGAAAUUAAAUGGAAGGGGAAAAAAAUCUUUUUGUCAGUAUGUACAAAACUAUAAUAUAAUUGAUAUUUUAACUUUGGGUUCAUGUGGGUGGGUGGGGGGGGGGGAUAUGUCAGUUUGCCACAGAUCGAGCAUUUUUUAAAUCUCCCAGAAGAAAUUAAAUGGAAGGGGAAAAAAAUCUUUUUGUCAGUAUGAAGUAUUAAUUUCAAACUUUUAACUGUUUCUAGACUAUGCACAUUUUCUUAGACCCAUACCUUCAUUUUUUUUUUUAGGUUUACCUCAAUCAACUUUGCUUCUAUAGUGUGUCUAUUAUGUUAUAACUUGUUUUCAAGUAUUUACCAUAUUUAUAGUGUAUAGUAUUGAGGAUUGAUUUUUUGAAAAGUGACAGGGUCUUCUCUUAAAACUAAAUCUCAGCAUGUUUUAUCAGGAUCAUUAGUUAACUAACUCUUUGUCAUCAUUAUCUCCUUAACACCAUGUACAUGGAAUUAUUUCAUAUUUACACAAUUUUUAUUUUGAAUAAUUCUGUUAUACUUUGUAGCCAAACACCUCCAGCACCUCAUAUCUCUGCUCACUCCCGUCUACUGGACCACAGCACAGGAGAUUGAUGGAGCAUUCAAUGGGUAUUCUCUCACCAAAGGAGAGUUUAUGAGAGAGGUGCAGGUGGAAUUUGCAACAGGUGUGGAAAUAAUUGUUAAUUAUAAUAACCUAUUGUUGAGCCACAAAACCAUUUCUUACUUUAAAAAAUGUAUGUUACAUAUUAGUUUGUGGAUAUGAGGCCCAUAUAAUUAUUAGUUUGGGGAAAUGUGGACCAUAUAAUUAUUAUUUUGGGGAAAUGUGGACCAUAUAAUUAUUAUUUUGGAGAAAUGAGGCCCAUAUAUUCAAAUACAGUAUAUUACAUAUUUUUUUCUUUAUUCAAUAAAUUUCUUUCUAUGCUGAAGUGUAGUUAAGCCUUACUUAGAAAAUUACAAAAAGGUUGAAGUUUUCAUCAGAUGGCCUAAGCCUUUGUCUAUUAUUAUUAUUAUUAGGUGGCUUUAUAUGGCGCAGUACCCCAGCCUGGGGCUGGGCUCACUGUACAGUACCCCAGCCUAGGACUAGGCUCACUGCACAGUACCCCAGCCUAGGGCUAGGCUCACUGCGCUUCACAUAAAAAUUAGCAAUUACAUAAACGUAUACAUUUAAAAACAAUUGAAGUGAAACGCUUGACCUCACCCACAUGGACAGCACCCAGCAGAAUCGAGCAUUGUUUAUCAGUCAGAGGGGAAUGAUACUUUUUCUAUGCCUAUGUUGCUGUUGAGUCCUUAGGAAAGUUUGACUUUCCUUGGCAUUGCUAAAGCCAGUCAGCUUCUUAUUUUAGAUUUAUUACAGUCCAAUCUUGAUACUUCCUGUAGCAACUUUUCUCACCUUUAAUGCCUAUCACCAACCCUCACAUUCAACAACAGAGUCCUAUCCAUUCCUACUUUAUGAUUGGUUUGAGAAAUUAAUGGACUCAAAGAUAGAAAUACGCUUAAGUUAGGUUGUAUUAACAUAUUGCUUCCUACACAGACUAUGGUGGGAAAUUAAAGUCAUCAUCAUUUAAUUUUAAAAAAUUUAGUUUUAACAGUUCAUUCCCUUCUCUCAAAUUACAAACAGCACUACAAUAAAUGAAAAAAAAAUUAUAAGAACUAAUCAAUAGAACUCCUCUCUUUUAACAAAUUCUUACAGGUGAAAUAUUGAAGAUGUCUCAUUAUGUGAAUGGUGUGGAUUCAAAGGGAAAUCUUUUAUUUGACAUCAUUGUUCGAGGGGAAGUCCCUGACUUGGGACCAAUAAGAAAUGUGCAUCUGCCUUCUUAUCAAGAGGAGUAUAUUCAAACUGGGCCAGGUGAUGAUUAAGAAUUUUUAAACUGUUAGAGCAAACUUUUAAAAUAUUCAGUUCAAAUAAAGCCACAGCAAAGUAAGACUGUUGACAAAUAGGUGAAUAUGCCUAAGCAAAAUCUAUUUGGUAACAAUUUUUUUUUUACUGCAGAUAGGCCUACUAAAAAAAAAAUGUGUAUAUAUCGUUUACACUUCUUAAAAUGUUUGCUUUUCAAUUACUUUGAGCAGGUUCUUCUUUAUUUUUUGUAGUAAUUGAACAAUUAAAACUAAACCAUACAUAAGAUAAAUCAGAAUUUAAACUGAUAAAUCAGACUAAAAUAUAUUAAAAAAAACUUUAUUUUCUUAUUUAAAAAAAUUAAUUAAUAUUCAAGAUAUGGAUAGGCAACAUAUUUUACCAUUUUAUUUUAAAUAAUUCUUUUACUCUUUUAUAAAAUUCAAAAUAUUCAUCUGAAUAACCUUUUCUAUUCAGGAACUAUUUAUGCCCAUUCGUCCCGCUUGUUCAGCGCUGAUGGAAUUACACUCCCGUAUGCAUGGAAUCACACAAUAACAUAUGAAUCCUCACUAGGCCAUAUGCCAUAUCUAGUACAACAGCUCAACACUAAAGGCCUGACUGUUGAAAUAUUACCAGACCAGCAGUCAGUCAAAUAUGCUUUGGAGGCAUCCAUUAGGCCAGGUACAUUGGAAAUUUACUUAACAGAUUUAGAUAGAAAUAAUUCAUAAUAAAUAUAUGUGUGUGCAGUUUGAAAUGGCGACUUGAAUAUCUCAAUGUUUAGAAUAACCUUAACAAAGUUAUAACGGACCAGGAAAGUUUGUGGAAAAUAUCUAAAUACACCUCAAAGUAAAUUGCCUCUUUAAUUCAAACAGAUUAUAAAAUUAAAUUUUUAUUUUAAAAAAAUCAUGCAUAUUAAAUGUUCAAGCCAUGCUAUGUCAACAUGCAUAUUAAAUGUUUGAAGCCAUAAUAUUUCAACAUGCAUUAUCCUGUCAGGUAAUCCAAGCAACAGAUGUCCAUCUGGUUUCCAACAUGAUCUGCAGGAAUCUUUUUGUAGAGGUGUGUCCACUUUAUUCCUAAAUCUGACCAUCUGAAAACCUCCUUUUGUAUUUCAAACUGCAAUGUUGUUUGUGAGAGUUCAUUCUGACUUAAUACAACUUUAAAAAAAAAUCUUUAAAUUGGAAUAUUCCAGCUUUUUUGAUAACUGAAGCAAACAAAAAUCAUGAGAUAUCAAUAAUAUAUUAUGUCAAUUAUAAUGUAGGUUGUCACUUUUGUAGUAUGAUCUACCUUAUCUUUGUAGUAUGAUCAACCUUACCUUUGUAGUAUGAUCUACCUUACCUUUAUAGUAUGAUCUACCUUAACUUUGUAGUAUGAUCUACCUUACCUUUGUAGUAUGAUCUACCUUACCUUUGUAGUAUGAUCUACCUUACCUUUGUAGUAUGAUCUACCUUACCUUUGUAGUAUGAUCUACCUUACCUUUGUAGUAUGAUCUACCUUACCUUUGUAGUAUAAUCUACCUUACCUUUGUAGUAUGAUCUACCUUACCUUUGUAGUAUGAUUUACCUUACCUUUGUAGUAUGAUCUACCUUACUUUUAACCAUGACUUAAACUGUGAUGAGAUUCACUGUCCAUGUUCAGAUGAUGACGAGUGUGCCCUGUACAACCCAUGCAGUCACAGCUGUCACAAUGCACCAGGGAGCUUCUCUUGCUCGUGCCCCAUUGGAUUUCUGCUCACUUCCGACGCCAGAACUUGUCAAGGUAAAAUGGAAGGAAUUAGGUAGAUAAGUAAAAAGUAAUGUGUUUUUAAUUGGUUGGGGGGUGGGGGGAGUGACUUAACAUCCCACAUUUAAUAGUUAUUAUGGUUUUAUGCUAGGAAAUAUAAUGACUUUUUUUUAAAGAUACAAAUAAUUUAGACUUGUAAUUUAACUUUGGUAUACAUAUAUAUAUAUUUAUAGCACAAACAUUUUAAAAUAAUUAAAUACAACCUUCUUCCUUUAAAUUUUUUACUGGUUUUUAGUUGUUUUUUAAAUUUUAAAUUUCUAUGUAGGCCUAUAACUACUUUACUGUUUUCAAUAAGAUAGAUAUCAAGCUACGUCAAUGGGCGGAGGAUAUUAGGGUGAUUGGUGGAAGGGGGGGGGGGCAAAAUGCGAGCAAAAAAUAUUUUUUUCAUUAACUGUUAUGUAAAAUUUUGUUGUGUGCUCUUGACUGUACUCAUUUGGGCGGAGGAUAUUAGGGUGAUUGGUGGAAGGGGGGGGGGGCAAAAUGCGAGCAAAAAAUUUUUUUUUCAUUAACUGUUAUGUAAAAUUUUGUUGUGUGCUCUUGACUGUACUCAUGAUGGCAGACAUCAAUGAAUGUGCACUUGGCUCAACUGACUGCGGGCCUGACAUGGAGUGUCUCAACACACCAGGAUCUUUCAGAUGUGUAAACAUGUGCGCUAAAGGAUUCAAGAGAGAAGAAAAUGGGGACAGGUGUUUGGGUAGGUCUAAUUUUGACAAUUUUAAAAUUAUUUAAUGAUUUAUUGAUUUAAUGAUCUUUGAUUUAAUGAAGGAAUGCUAUUUACGGCAAUGAGAAAUGUUACAUAAAUUCCGUCAGUUUUUCCACAAAUUUCAAAAUAAACGAAUGACUCUUAAUUUCUUAUUAACUAAAGAUAUUUACAAACAAAUAUCAAGGCAUGUAAUUUACGUACCAAACAUUACACAGCUAAUAUUUUGUUGUGCUAUCUAGAUAUCAAUGAAUGUGAAGCUAGUCCUAGUCUUUGUGAACAAACCUGCCAGAAUCUGGUUGGGAGUCACAGGUGUACAUGUCUACCUGGCUAUAGACUUGGAGACAAUGGCAGGUGUCAUGGUAAGGUACAUUUUAUAAUCUGGCAAAUUCUUUUUAGGAGCUUCUCCAAUUUACAUUUAAAUGCAAGGUCAAGGUUAUAUUUUAAACAUUCUUUUUUAAAUUAAUUGUAGGAGUCAUUGAACUAUUACCAAUAACUUAUUUUAAAGUAUUGAACUAUUGCCAAUAACUUAUUUGAAGGUGUUGAACUAUUUCCAAUAAAUUAUUUUAAAGACCACUUCCGUAAUACAAUUUUUUACAAUAUCAUAAAUAAUUAUUUUAAAUUGUGAGAAAUGCUUCACUUGAAAAUGGCAAUCUCUUGUUAAGGGAAAUGCUUAAACAUUUUCAUUGCUCCGUAAAUAUCAUGCCAUGAUAACUCUGUUGAACACAAUUCAAAUAAUUACAAAUUAGUCCCUAGGUCAAGUUUACCUCUUCAAGUAGUUGAUUUAGAAAUGUUAUGAAUCAAAUUAAAAUUUUGUUCAUCGUGUGUGUGUCCCCAGAUUUGGAUGAGUGUGAGAUGAUUCCUUCUCCUUGUUCACAUACCUGCAUCAACAACAGGGGCAGCUUUUCAUGCACUUGUCCACCUGGCUUUCAGUUACUCAAUGGACGUGUUUGUCGAGGUAAGUAAGGGAUGCAAUCACAUGCCUGGGUGCUCCAGAAGAAUUGGUCCAAACAUUUAUCACACUGAUGUUAUUUAAUUGGGAAUGCAACAGUAUGUAGGUUAAGAAUGGUUCCCCAAUCUGUGGGUCGCCACCCCUUUUGGGGGGGUCAAACAACCCUUACACAGGGGUAGCCUAAGACUGUUGGAUAUUUAUGAAGUGGCAACGAAAAUAAUUUUAUGGUUGGGUGUCACCACACCAUGAGGAGCUGUAUUAAAGGGUUGCGGCAUUGGGAAGGUUGAGAACCAUUGCUGUAGGCAGAGCUGAAUUGACUCGGGCUGUAUGCUCUGUUUAUUGCUGCCCCUCUCUCACUAGGAUGAGGACCUUCCUCAUCACAUAAGCAAUGCUAGUUUUUGUUUGUGUUGAAGGCAGAUUAAAAUUUCCAUGAUUUUGUUCAGGUCAAAGUUCAGCUUCCGUCAUCAUUGAUACAAUGUUAUCACUUGGACUGAUGUGAUUUAGUAACUUCAUGGUAUUAAUAUAGAAAUUCAAUAAACUGAUAGAAAACAUGCUGUCAUUAAUUCUUACAUUUAAAGAAAUUUUUUUUUCUUCUUAAAGGCAAAAAUUAUCUGUAAUAAAAUUUUUAAAAAAAAAGAGGGCUGCAUAAAAACGUCAGUUUUAUUAAAUUAAGCUCAAAAGAUUUUGUCCUGCAGCCACAGGGACACAAUUAUUUAUUGAUUUGGUUCUCUUGGAAUGUCAUUUUAUCAUUUAUAACAUGAUAUUCAUGGACUUUCUUUCCCAUGUGUUGAACUGUGUUUAUGAUUAUGAAUUUUAAUUUUAAAUUGAACAGACAUCAACGAAUGCUUAGAGGGUGGCAACACCUGCAAGUUCGGUGAAGAAUGCAUCAACAACGAGGGAGGUCACGCUUGUGUUCAGUCGUGUCCCACUGGAUUCAAAAGGGGAGAGUCAGGAAGAUGUCAAGGUAACUGCUCAAUGAAUCUAGUAAAUACUAUCACAAACUGUAAAAGAGUCUGUCCAUAAAGUGCAUCAAGCUAAUCACAAUCUUUCACAAAUUUGGACUAUAAAUUUGUCAAAAAUUAACAGCUAAUUAAAAUCUCAUCUAAAACACACUUCACUAUUAAACAAUGAUAUUAAUAAAAUUGAUAUAUUCCGAAUAAAUCCGUCACAACAGAAAGUUAAACGUCACUUUCAGGAUUUUAUGUAUGAUUAAAACAAAAUGUGAUGUCACAUAUGAUCUUUACCCCCCCCCCCGGUCACAAACUGUCAGACUUUAUAGACAUCCCCUAAUGUGAUUAAAUUUACAAUUAAUUUUCUGUAAAGCUAAUGCUGGAUGUUUACAGAGAUGUUGUCAUACACACACGGUGGAAGCAUCUAUUGGCAUACAUACAAGGUGGUAGAAUCUAUUGGCAUACAUACAAGGUGAUAGCAUUUAUUGGCAUACAUACAAGGUGAUAGCAUCUAUUGGCAUACAUACAAGGUGGUAGAAUCUAUUGGCAUACAUACAAGGUGGUAGAAUCUAUUGGCAUACAUACAAGGUGGUAGAAUCUAUUGGCAUACAUACAAGGUGAUAGCAUCUAUUGGCAUACAUACAAGGUGAUAGCAUCUAUUGGCAUACAUACAAGGUGAUAGCAUCUAUUGGCAUACAUACAAGGUGAUAGCAUCUAUUGGCAUACAUACAAGGUGGUAGAAUCUAUUGGCAUACAUACAAGGUGAUAGCAUCUAUUGGCAUACAUACAAGGUGAUAGCAUCUAUUGGCAUACAUACAAGGUGAUAGCAUCUAUUGGCAUACAUACAAGGUGGUAGAUUCUAUUGGCAUAUAUACAAGGUGGUAGAAUCUAUUGGCAUACAUACAACGUGGUAGAAUCUAUUGGCAUACAUACAAGGUGGUAGAAUCUAUUGCCAUAAUUUAAAGGUGGUAGCAUCUAAUGUCAUAAUUGCAAAGUGCUAGUACUUAUUCAAGAUUCAGUAAAUACAUGAGCUCUUCCUUAAUGUGUUUAACUAGUGUUAGUAACUGAGCUCUACUUUCAGAUGUGGAUGAGUGCAGCACAAAACAGCACAGGUGCUACUACAACCAGAACUGUGUGAACACUGAAGGUGGUUACACGUGUGACUGUCCUACUGGUUUCACCUCAAGAGGACCUGGACAGCCGUGUGUGGGUAAGUCAGUACAGGACAAAAGUUAAUUCAAAUCAUGAUAUAAGGAACAAUAACCCUUGUCAAUUCAGGACGAUUCUGUUUCAUUUUUGGCCAAUUUUUUAAGGAGUUCAUUUUUUAAAAAAGUUUUAAAAGUAAAGCAAUAAAGAAGAAAGAAAAAUCAUAUAUUUAACUCUGUAGUUGUAUUAACUUAGCUUCCUUGUAAUUGAAAAAGUGCAAAAAAUAAAUCUACAAGAAAUUUAUUUAUAAGGAAGAUUAUUUAAAGUUCUAAAUCAUCAUUUGAAAAUAAAAUGUUUGCUUUUUAUUAUUUGUUUCCUAUACCAUAUAAAUUGAAAUUUUUAAAAAUUAUGCAAGGCAUAAUCAAAAGGAACUCUUAUAUUUGCAUGCUGCCAAUAGGAUACCAGGUUUGGAACAUCUGUUUUGGCAACAUUACCUUUUUAUUUUGGAUAAAAUAUAUUUGGCUUAUUGAUGUAUGUACUAUCAGUACUUAAGUUAAAUCUUAUUUUUUAUCAGUCCAAAUAUUUUACUAAAGUAAUAGGUUAAGGGGAGAGAAUUUUGUGCAGUGAAAGAUUACUGUUUCAGAUAUUGAUGAAUGCAGACAAAGUCCUCGUGUCUGCAUAUAUCAGUGCCGAAACACGUGGGGCAGCUAUGAGUGCUUAUGCCCACCAGGACAGCUGCAACUAGCGGAUCGAAAGUCUUGUGCUGGUUAGAGUGCUUUCCUCCCCUUGCUUAUGUACCUACUCAGUAUAUUUGAAUAAUCUUUGUUGUUCACUCCCAAAGUAAUUGUGGCUAAGAGCCAUCAUCCUAAAGUCCUCUGGAUUAUAAAAAUUUUAAUUGGAUGUACCAGUGCUUUGUCAUACUUUCAUUCGGGUUAAAUUAAUAGUUUAUAAAUUAAUAGUUUAUAAAUUAAUAGUUUGAGAACCUUUUUUGUGGUGAAAUUAAAUCUUAAUAACUUUGGAGAUGGCUCAUUGUUCAUGUUUAUUUAGAUUAUGUCCCGGUUUUUAUUUUAAAAUUCACUUAAAGCUAUUUUAUUCCUCUUAUAAAUAUACAAAAGUGUCAUUGUGUGCUUGGAUGUUUUUUUUACCUCUCUUCUGAAGAGCUUGUAAUGUGUUGUAAUGAGUGUGCUUACAGUAAAACUAUUCAAUGUGCUGCUGUACAUGUGUUUUCUAACAAGACACAUUUUUUUGUUGAGUCUCUACAUUGUUUAGAGUAGAAUCAGUGCAUUUUUUACUCUAUAAUUAAAACAGAUACUACUGUACACUUGUCUUCAAACAUUUUUUCAACUGAGCAUUAAGACAAGUACAAUCAACUAAUAAUUUUCUAAUAAAUUGUUUAACUCAAAUAAAUUAAACAUGAAGUGUAAAGUUUACCAAUAAAAAUCUGUCUUUUUGAGAUUUUGCCAUUCUUCUUUGAUUAGCACAAUCAUUUUCCUGGCUAGUUGAUUCAUUUAGAAAAUAUUUAAACAACUCUGAUAAAUUUUUAGUCCAUCUAGAAACAGUCAUCACAGAGACAUUUUUAUUGGCUGUCAAUGCUGGCCUUAAAGCUGUUUCUGUAACAUAUAUUUACCGGUAUAUAUAUAUAUAUAUAUAUAAAUAUAUAUAUUUAUAUAUAUAUAAAUAUACACAUAUAUAUUACAUUCCCUGUGCAUGAUAUCCUAUUUCAAGCAUGUUAAAUACAUCUGAAAGCAAUGGACAAUGACUUAAUGUGUUCAAGCCUUUUGGGUCAAGUUUACUUUCAUGGCGGAUAUAGUCAUUUGAUAUUGGUUGUGAUUCCCUGAAGCAAGGUAAAUGCCACCCCCCCCCCCCCCCCCCCCCCCCCGCCCCCCCCCCCCCCCCCCCCCCCCCCCCCCCUCCCAACCACCCUGUACAUCAAAGCCAGAAAGGGUGCUUUGAAUUUAAAACUCCUGUUUCAUUGCAGUGGUAUGGCCACGAUCGCCCAAUGAGGUUUACUUCUUAUCAAAAUUUCCCUAAAAAUGGUUUAAAAAUAUAGCUGUAUAACACUGCUUCUGUUGGAAUCACAAUAUGUUUUAGCUAUUAUACUCUUGAAAAUUGUAAACUUUCAUCAUUUCUACAAAGCAUGGCAUUUUUUGUGUAACCUAUAUUUAGCUAACACAUUGUGAAAUAGACAAAUAUAAAUUAUAUAUAAUUUAAUUUAUGCCCUAUUAAGUUAACUACACUAGUAUUUUUAAGCAUGUUGUUUACAUAAAUUUUUUCAUAACAAUAUUUGAAACAGUUGGAAGCAGAAUUUUACGAGCACUGACAUUAUUUAGAAAAAAAAUAAAAACAUGAAAGAUUACAGACAUUAAGAGAAAUUUGACAAUUAUUUCAAUGAAGCUUUAUUGGCAAUAUAACUUUAAACGUAAAACAGAGACAAAGGAUUUCACAAAUGUUUAUGUACAUUUUAAAAAAAAUAGAUCAUUCAGUUAACAUGUAUAAUAAUUUCAAUGAAUAGAGAAUAUGAUUUCUAUGUCAGUUUUCUGGAAAAUGCCAUUUAAAUAAAAAAAAGAGCAAUAUUUUGGUCAAUCAGCCAUUAAAUUUUUUGGCUGCGGCUUUGACCUGUGUUAUCAUCUGCUUCCAGGGCUGGAAUUUCUAGAACCAGGUCGUGUCCUACCAGCUGGAGCUGACAAAAUUGAACAAAUAAAAGCGCAACAAAAUCUACAGCAGCUGCAGCAGCAACAGAGGCAGCUGGCCAGGCAGCGCCAAGAGCAGCGCAGCUCUGAAACAUCCGCCCUGAGUCUUAAACCGAGGAGAGGAAAACCAGGCAAAAGAAUCCCUGUCAAAAAGGCCGCACCCACUCAAGCCAUGGAAGACAGAGCAGAGAGUCAGAGCCUGACCUCUGCCCUGGAGCUCAGAGAUCCAGAAACUGAAUAUUCCACUCCACAGAAAACCACAAGAGGACCACCAGAAAUAACAACCUCCAAAUAUGAAAAAUAUUAUUUGCCAACGCCGAGGACCUGGAGGAGAAGGCGGCCAAGAAGCUUAUCUGCCGAAUCCAAUCCCUGCCCUGCUGGAUUUGCUGCAGAUCAUGUAAACAAGUCAGAAUGCAUAGGUGAUUAGUGUUUCAUUGUUGUAUAUCAGUUUUCUUCAAAAUAGUGCAAUAUGUGUAAUUUUUUUAAAACCUAAGUUAUAUAUAUAACUCAUAUAUGUGCACACGCAUAUAUAUAUAUGUAUAUAUAUCUUGCAUGUAUGUAUGUAUAUAUAUAUUUAUAUAUAUAUAUAUAUAUAUAUAUAUAUAUAUAUAUAUAUAUAUAUAUAUAUAUAUAUAUAUAUAUAUAUAUAUAUAUAUAUAUAUUUUAUAUAUAUAUAUAUAUAUAAUAUAUAUGCACACAUAUAUAUAUAUAUAUAUAUAUAUAUUGUAUAUAUGUAUAUAUAUAUAUAUAUAUAUAUAUAUAUAUAUAUAUAUAUAUAUAUAUAUAUAUAUAUAUAUAUCUAUAAAUAUAUAUAUCUAUAUAUAUAUAUCUAUAUAUAUUAUAAAUAUAUAUGUAUAUAUAUGUAUAUAAAUGUAUGUAUAUGUAUAUAUAUAUAUCUAAAUAUAUAUCUUACAUGUAUGAAGUAAAAUGAAAGCACAUUUCUUAUUAUAACAGUUAACAUUAUAAAAUGUUUCUUUUGAUGCAAUGUUUUGAUGUGGCAAUAUGGUUUCCAUACUUGAAUAUGGUUUCCAUACUUUAAUAUGGUUUCAAUACUAGACUGUUGCCAUCUGAAGAAGGUCUUAGUUUUUAAGAUUUGUGGUCAGGUUCAGCCCAGCAUCUAAUCAGCACAAGAUUUCGUGUCUUCGCUGCCACAGCUCUUUCCCUUAUACCUGUCUUUUCUGGAUAUUGAGAUUAUACAGGUCUCUUUAAGUUACAAAAACAAGUCUAGAUAAAAACAAAUUUUUAAUUACUAUGUUUAAUUUUUAAAAAAAUUAAAUAACAGGAUUAUAAUUUUUAACAAAGUCCCAUAACUUGUCAGCUGAGAGCUGUGAGUUAAGUGUAUGACCUUUAUCUGUCUUUAUCCCCCUUGAUAAUUUUUGGAAUGGCAAUGUCAUUUACAUAUCUAGAUUUCUCAUUAAAAAAUAAUAAAAUCUUUUAAUAUCCAAGCAUAUUUGAAGAGAACUCUGAAAUUCUUUAAUGAUCAACCAAUGAAUAUAAUUUAAUAUUGUUAUUCCCUGAUAUCUUCCAUAGACCGGAAUGAAUGUUCUGAAGGAAGGUCAGUCUGUCAACAUAACUGCACAAACACCAGGGGAAGCUAUAGAUGCUCAUGUCCACCAGGAUAUCAAUUGGACAAAGAUGGUUACACCUGCAAAGGUUGAUUUUUAAAAUGUUUUUAAAACAAAUGCAAAUCAUUCUUUAAAUAGAAAUAUGAAUUGAUUAAAUGUGUGUAUGUGUAUUUGAUUUCAUUUUCAAACCUUGAAAUGCUCAACAUAAAUAGACUUGGCUUCUGUAAGAUGACAUAGUAAUAGUAAACUAAUAAUUGGAAGAUAAAUGAUAAUCUUUUAUUGAUUCAAAUAAAUGUGAAAUAUUUUGUUUAAAUACAAUGUACAUAUUUAUUUUCAGCAUCUAGAUAAACAUUCAGAUUAAAAUAAUGAUAUUUAAACAACAACAAUGUAAUCUCAAGACAUUGUAAAAUAUUUCUCUAGUUCAAAAAUCAGCCACAGUACAUAAAUAAAACCUCAUUUCCUUAAUGUUUCCAUUGGCAGCUGGGGAAGCAUGCUGGUUAGUCCCAACAGACAGUGGAACAAAGGAAUUGUUAAAAUGUUCAGUCCUUACUUUGAGGGAAAUAAUAAUACGUUAGAGCUGAUCUUUAGUAACUGUUAUGUAGUGGGUGGGAUGUUAAUAAUUUGUUUUAUUGUUCCUGAAAUUGAAUUUUUCAAAUAUCGAAUAGUAGAACAGUUUUAAAUUUCACGCAAUUGUUCCCAGAUAUCAAUGAAUGUGCCGACCUGAACAUUGAUUGUGGAGCAGAGAAAAUGUGCUUCAACCAAAGAGGCUCCUACAGUUGUAUUGACAUCCCGUGUCCACCGGACUAUGCCAGGGACCCCACCACAAAGUAAUGUCUCACUCAUGUCAAGACUUACUGUUGUUAGGGGGAAAUAAAUUUAUGUACAGUCCAUACCAUAUUAGUAAACUGUCUAAAAAUGAAAUCAAUUUUAGAUGAUGAUCAAGCUUGCAAGAGUUCUCUUGUCUGUUAACUUAUCAUGUUUUAAUUGCAGUUAUAACAAAGCUCAAAUUAAUUGUCAGGUUUGACGUUUUGCAUUCAAUAUUCCUAGUAGAAAUGUAACAUUUCAAUUCAACACAUCUACUCAGAUGCAACAAACAAGAUUAAACCAAUUAUUAGUUUUACAUCAAUUAUUUCGCUUUCACACCAUUUAAACAUCUGCAACUUGCAACCAAUAAUAUUUGUAUAUUCGUGUAUAUGGGUAGCGCCUGCUUAAAAAUCAUUCAGACCUAUUUCAUCAUGGCAUACUUUUUGUUUUUUCUAUAGUUUCUGCGUGUUGGAAUGUGUUAAUCCUAACAUCCCGUGUCCACCUGGGGCAAAGUAUGCAGACAUCAUUGAGUUCCGAACUGUAGCGUUGCCCGGGGGCAACCCGGCCAGACAAGACUUGAUUCGGCUGACAGCAUACAAUCAGCAUGAUGAAUACUUACCCCAGGUAAUUGUCAUGGCAAUGCGAAAUUGCAUAGGCUGUUCAUUGUUAUGGUAGGGGAGGGGUGGUUGCCAUAAUUAACUUGAACUUUUGUUGUCUUAUUUCUUGGUCAUUAUUAUCUUUUGAGUUGAAAAAUAAUCAUCUUGGACAUGUCUGUAAGUUAAUUAAUCUACUGUAGUUAACCGUUAUGUCUGUAAGUUAAUUAAUCUACAGAAGUUAACCAUUAUAUAUUUAUGUAAAUAAGAAUUAUUUAAAUAGCUGAUAAUAAUGACAGUAUUAAAUAUAAAUUUAUGUACAAUAAAUGAAAUGUUUUCAUAGAAUUAUCUCUAUUAGACAAAAAGAUAUGAUUGUUGAAAACUCAAUCUAAAAAAUUUUUAAAAAAAGCAAUCCCCCAAAUUAAAUAAAUAAAUGUUUAAAUUAUUUGUAUUAAGGAGAUAAUUUAGUAUUAAUUUAUCUUCACAGACAAUGUUUACAUUUUAGGAUUAAUUUUUCUUUUUGCAGAUAAUAUUUACAUUUUACAAUCAGUUUUUCUUCAGAGACAAUAUUAACAUUUUACUAUCAGUUUUUCUUCACAGGCAAUGUUUACAUUUUACAAUCAAUUUCUCUUCACAGACAAUGUUUACCGUGCUGCAGAAUGAUCCCAAUUUGGAGUUUCACAUCCGUAUUGAGGAGGGAAAAGGCAUUGUCUUCACGAUGGAGCCACUUAAAGACAGCUCUACAUACAGAAUAACAGUCCGUGCCCGCUCGUAUGACAACUACAGAUUGCAUAUACAGUACCAAACUACAUUUAUCAUACAUAUUUCAGUGUCUGCCUUUCCGUACUAACCUCUGUGCCAUCAGUGAUUUGAGCCAAACGAUUUUGUUCAAAUUAUCAGCAACAAAUUUUUUUGUAAGUGUAAAUCUCUACUUGAUAGUGUGUCGUGCCAGUGAGGAGAGAAUCUUUGAUGGAGUGAAUGAGUUGAAAGUGGAUUUGAAGAG